CCCUCCCUCCCUGUCUGGCCUUUCUCUCCCUCCAGCAGAGGAGCACAGACUUCAGGAGCUCAGAGACCAGCGGCCCAGGUCCUCAGCUAGAGGACCUGCCAUGGCACCCCUGAGGCCCCUUCUCAUGCUGGCCAUGCUGGCAUGGGUUGCUCUGGCCGACCAAGAGUCAUGCAAGGGGCGCUGCAUUGAGGGUUUCAACUUUAAGAAGAAGUGUCAGUGUGAUGAGCUAUGCUCUUACUACCAGAGCUGCUGCAGUGACUACAUGGCUGAGUGCAAGCCCCAAGUGACUCGUGGGGAUGUAUUCACUCAGGCGGAAGAUGAGUAUGGGUACUACGAUUACCAGACCAAGGAGAACCCUGAGGACCACGCACAGACGGAGAGCCCCUCCCAGAGCCCUGCCUUGCAGUCCCAGCCUGAAGGGACUCUUGAGCCAACACUUGUCCUGAACCCUGAGGAAGAGGCUCCUGCAUUUGCACCAAGCACCCUUGGGCCUGAGACAGGGACCUCAGGGCCUGAGGGGGUGAGCCUAAGUCCUGAGGCCACUGAUCAAGGAGCCCCGGAGUCCCCCGCAGAGGAAGAGCUGUGCAGUGGAAAGCCCUUUGAUGCCUUCACUGACCUCAAGAAUGGCUCCAUCUUUGCCUUCCGAGGGAAGUACUGCUAUGAGCUAGAUGAAACAGCAGUGAGGCCUGGGUACCCCAAGCUCAUCCGAGAUGUCUGGGGCAUCGAGGGCCCCAUUGAUGCUGCCUUCACCCGAAUCAACUGUCAGGGGAAGACCUACCUCUUCAAGGGUGGUCAAUACUGGCGCUUUGAGGAUGGUGUCCUGGACCCUGAUUUCCCUCGAAACAUCUCUGAAGGCUUCGGUGGCAUUCCGGAUAACCUAGAUGCAGCUUUGGCACUCCCUGCCCACAGCUACAGUGGCCGGGAGCGGGUCUACUUCUUCAAGGGGAGACGGUACUGGGAGUACGAGUUCCAGUACCAGCCCAGCCAGGAGGAGUGUGGAGGCAGCUCCUUGUCGGCUGUGUUUGAGCACUUUGCCCUGAUGCAGCGGAGCAGCUGGGAGGACAUCUUUGAGUUGCUUUUCUGGGGCAGACCCUCUGGUGGUGCUAGAGAGCCUCAGUUCAUCAGCCGGGACUGGCACGGUGUGCCCGGGAAAGUAGACGCCGCCAUGCUUGGCCACAUCUACAUCUCAGGCCCUGCGCUCCAUUCUCCUGGGGCCAAGAAGCGAAAGUCUAGACGUCGCAGCCGCAAACGCUAUCGUUCCCGUGGUAGCCGCAGCGGUAGCCGCAGCCGCAUCCGGAACGCCCAGCGGCCGUCUCAUUCCUUCUGGCUUUCCUGGUUCUCCAGUGAGGAGAGCGGACUGGGAAUGGGCUAUGAUGACUAUGACAUGAGCUGGGCUGUGCCUGCCACCUGCGAGCCCAUUCAGAGUGUCUACUUCUUCUCAGGAGACAAGUACUACCGAGUCAACCUCCGAACACGGCGAGUGGACACCGUGAACCCUCCCUACCCACGCUCCAUUGCCCAGUACUGGCUGGGGUGCCCAUCCCUGGGCCGCCUGUAGGAGUCAGAGCCCGUACAGCUGGGACUCCAUAGCUCCCUCCUCCGGCCUGCUCCUCCUUGCCCAAUAAAGGUCCCUUGGCCCUGAG